GUACAGGAGGCGGAGGAGUAUUGUCACCUGGUUGGUCUUGUCACUAGUAGUGUCACCAGCAGCUGGACUAACCUUGAAUCACGGUGUAGCAAGAGACACACCAGGCUGCGUGAGCUUUCAUACUGUGCAGUCUUCAAUAUUUCAAGGAAACAAAAACAAGUUAUAAUGGCGAAUGAAGACCCCACUCUUGAACGCCACUUCAAAGGCCACAAGGAUGCGGUUACAGCUCUUGAAUUUUGUCCCACUGGAAAAAAGUUGGUUUCUUCUUCACUUGAUCACACAGUUAUGAUCUGGAAUCUUCAACAACAGAUUCGUGCCUAUAGGUUUAUAGGUCACACAGAUGCUGUUAAUGAUGUUUGCUUCUCCCCAUCUGGAAAUAUAAUGGCAUCAGCUUCCCGUGAUCGCUCAGUCAGACUUUGGAUUCCUAACAUUAGAGGGGACUCUACAGAAUUUCGAGCGCACAAUGCAGCAGUUCGCUCAGUGCACUUCUCCCCAGAUGGUCAGCAAUUAGUGACUGGUUCUGAUGACAAAACAAUAAAAAUUUGGACUGUGCAUAGGCAUAAAUUUGUAUGCUCUAUCCCAACACACACUAACUGGGUACGAUGUGUGAGAUUUUCUCCUGAUGGGCGAAUGCUGGUUUCCUGUGCAGAUGAUAAAUCAGUCAAGCUUCAUGAUAUACAUACAGCAAGUACAAUACAUACUUUCCCAGAACUGAAAGGCUCAUCAAAUCAUGUUGCUUUUCAUCCCUCAGGCACUUGUAUUGCUGCAGCUAAUGCAAAUAAUUCUGUUAAAAUAUAUGAUAUUCGAACACGGAAAUUACUACAACAUUAUGAUGCCCAUUUAGGCCCUGUUCACCGUCUUUCCUUCCACCCAUCAGGUCACAUUCUGGAAACAUGCUCAGCUGAUGGAACUCUCAAAUUGCUGGAUUUGCUGGAGGGAAGGGCCAUAUAUACACUUCAUGGGCAUCAGGGAGCAGUUACAUGUUGUGGUUUUGCACAUGAUGGUGAAUACUUUGCCUCAGGAGGUAGAGACCAACAGGUGAUGGUCUGGAAAACUAAUUUCAAGCCAGUAGAACUGUGUGCAGGCUUGGAGGUGACAGAAGAGGCCGACCAUGAAGAACCAUUGGAAGUAACUGUUGCAGUGUCACCAGAUAACUCUGAGGACGAGGAAAGAAUCACCACCGUACGAGGUGGCAAGGCACCUGAAGCUUUCCAAAAUACUGACAACAAGAGCAACAAGCCAUUUAAUGGAAAUGGAGAAAGAAAGAACGAGGAAUAUAGCUUCAAGCUCUUACAGAUGUUAAGGGUUCUCUACAACACAUCAUAA